AUCCAAAACUCUGUGAAGGUCAUACCUUGUCUCAGCUCGCUCGCUCGCUCGCUCGCUCUCUCUCUCUCUCUCUCUCUCUGUAGUCUAAAAUACUGCAAGAUGUCAUCCAUCUCAAUUCAAUCUGGUAUCAGAGGUAGUCUCACAUGCCCCUCUUUCACCUCUCACAAGUCAAGAAUGAAACCCUUAAGAGCCUCAUCGAUACCGGUGAAGCACAAGGCUUUUUCUUUGCUUUCACCCACCAUUGUUGACCUCAGAAGCAAACCCAUUAGGAGGAUGCAGUUGCUCUCUGCUUCAGCUAUUGCUUUUACAGAUGAAGACGAAGAAGACGAAGACGAAGACGAAGAUGGCGCAGACGACGACGACGACGACGACUUCGACUUUUUCCCUACCCAAAAAACUAAGGUCCAGAAAGACGAAGAAGAAGACGACGACGACGACGACGAUGACGACGAUGAUUUUUUCCCUACCCAAAAAACUAAGGAGCCUGAGCCUGAGGAGCUGGAGCUGGAGCCUGAACCUGAGCCUGAGGUGGUGGUGAGGAAGAAGCCAAGGCUAGUGUUGAAGUUCAUAUGGAUGGAGAAGAACAUAGGUCUAGGCCUAGAUCAAAUGAUAUCGGGCCACGGCACCGUGCCUUUGAGUCCGUAUUACUUUUGGCCAAGGAAAGAUGCAUGGGAAGAGCUCAAAACCACUCUUGAGAGUAAGCAAUGGAUAUCCCAAAAGAAAAUGAUCAUACUCCUUAACCAGGCCACUGAUAUCAUCAAUCUCUGGCAACAGAGCGGUGGCAACUUGUCCUAAUAUCAACCAAGGAUAAAUAUUGUACCUCUCAUGUUUCUGGUUCUAAUUUCCUGUGAUGUUCUUUUUGGUGUAGCAAAAUUUGAGUUUGUUGAUUUUGAAGUAACACAUUAUGGCCCACUUUCAUUGCAACCUUCAA